CCUCUAUGUCAGAUGUCUUGCCCUUGUAACUUUGCCUUUAUGUCAACAAAGUCAACGAAUAUAUACCUUGUGACAUGCCACUAUUUCGUUUGAAUGCUGCUCUAAGACCUUUGUUGCCAUAUAUAGGCCCGCGUACGUCAAUGCAAUACCUUGGAUGUCUAUUUCAGCGUGGCUCCGGACGGACCGAACCAUUUGGGUCCUAGUAGGGGUUAUCUAUAUCAAUACGUGCUUUGAUGUAACAAACGCUGCAUAUAGUGGACUGUAGCCGGUUUGGGUGGGGAAGGCGAGGUUUGGCUAUUUUUAUUUGGUAUCACAAUAACAUGUCAUAACGCUAGUCAUAUGAUGUGUAAUCGUAAUUAAGGUAUGUGCACCUGUGUCAUUGGGUUUGCAUAGCAAGGUACAUAUACACAGUAUUCAAGCAAUGGGCGAUCGAGUGUUUAGUGCACUAGGUUUUUACAUCGGCAAAACACACACCGUGACAUACGUGAAACCGUGUUGGUUUGUAGGGUAGAGAGUGGGUAAUACGUCCCUUCGUAAUAGGGUCAUUUCUGUAUUGCAUUAUGAGCGCCGAGAAUUUUGCAUAAUUGCACUGCCCUACCGGUAUGCCCCGUAUCCCCAUGCAGACUACAGUUGACUCUAGCCAAGAGGUCGAGUACCAAGCCGACAGAGCUGAGCCGGAUGUUUAAAGACCUUUAACCCGGCAGUGCAGAUAACUGGGUUCACCGAAAGAGCUUCAUCGUUCAACAGUUCUGAACAGCGAGCGGUAGGUUUUCCUAAGGCACCAUCAUGUAUUUCUGGCAACAGUCGAAGAUCCUGACCCAGCUGCAGAGGCUGCCACGUCAGCGGCUGGUGCAGCUGACGGAAGUGCUGCAGGGCAAGGCGAUGGGUGUCACGGAACCAGCCGCCGCCACCACCGCCUGGCAACAUCUGCAGCGCCGCCCCGACGCCAGCAUGCAGGCACAGACGGAGGGACUAGGUCAAGAGGACACCAUGCUAGGGCUCAAGCAGGCCCACGUGCACCCGAAUUUAUUCAGUCAUCACCGGCGGGACUUCGACCUCAGCAUGCAGGCACACGCUGACGGACUGGGCCAUCACGACACGAUGUUCGCGGCUCACGCCAGGGCCAUGUCCACCGCGUCCGAGCAGCAGGCGCCGAGCGUGAGGAAAACCAACGGCAACGGGAACGAAAUGAAGGGUGGUGCCCAGGUUAUCGAGCAGUUGCUGUCCCCCGAUGCCCCAGAGGAUGUCUUGAAGAGGGCCACCGACAGACUCAACCAGCAGGAGAAGAUGCACCUGAGGCAACUUGUGAUGAAGGCGAUGGCUUGAUGGCGACGAGAAGUCGUUGAAAAAGAACAGGCCGAGGAGGGCACAGUAGAAUGAAGAUUUGCAGACAGACUAAUCUCAAACUAGUUCUUUUAGCGUAUAUUGAAGAGUGCCUCGUGUAUAAUGCUUGGACACAUUGUAUUCCUUCUGAAACUAUCACCGUGACGGACGUUUUUUGUGUGAACAGUUUUUGACAGUGUACAUCAGCCAGCCUAACGCCAGAUGGCGCGGCUGCACGCCACAGAACCCACACCUGGCGCAUCUAGUCACACCUGUUGCCCUACGCGGCUCUUUGAUGUGCACACCUGUGGUGGUGAUGUAACUUUUUGAUGUGCUGGUAAAACUAACAAUUGAGUGAAUUACACCGAAUGCCAAUGUUCCACUUUUGGUUUGCCUCACACAAGUCAAAACCUAUUACUCUUAUUAGCUGACAAAUGAAAUAUUUACAGUAGAGCAACAAGUUCUAAAAUAGAGUAUAGAUGGUAUUUUCUCCUUUUCACCAGUCAAUUGUAAAUAAUGUGUCAGUGGUGUUGCUCACAAAAGUUUACUGUAAAACUUUUCCAUGAUUUGGUCUUAUGUAUGCUUACAACAUACUGGAUAUUGGAUACCCUGGCCUGGUUGAACUGGAACCAACAUUGCAAGCAUAAAUGUGUUUAUUAGUUAGCAACAAGUGUGCUCCAGUUUAAGAGAAAUGCUUACAACUUACAACUUUUGCUGAUAUACAAAUUGGAUCUUACAAAACGAAGUCAAGUACGUUCCUUUUUGCCAAAAUUUCAAGAUCAAUGGCACCAUACUAUUCAUAGAAAUUUGUUUUUUCUUCUUCUCAAUGCUAUUUAGUGUGUUUCUCAAUGUCCCACAUAGAUCGUUUUAAAUGUUGUAAAUGUUGCAAAGAUGAGUUAUGAGCUGCAGAAAAUGUGUCAAAAGUAAAUCAUAAUAAUUUGUUUUCAAAUGCCUUACAUGUGUUCACAAUUUCUCUGUAUGAAUGUACAUAUUAAAUAUAUGCUUAUGUUUUGUAAGUGUUAUUGUACUAUCUGUGUAGAGAAAAUAGGCAAUUAAAGAGUGGUGUGGGGAGGAUUUUAACUUAAAACUUGUAAAUAUAUAACAUAUGCCUAAAAUGUGUCAAAGCCCAUAAUACCCUAGUGAAUGAUCCAAACUGCAUUUAUAGUAGUUAUUGUGAACAUUAAUAGAAUACAAAGGAGACCAUAUGUCAGGUACUUAUUUAUUUUUGGACAGGUAACUGGCUUUCUAUCCACCAUCAUCUGGCAAAGACUUGUGAUAUACAAAAAUGCUAACCUAUACCUUUACAACAGCACUAGACAACAUGUCAUUCUCAUAACCUGUCACAUCGUUAGCUGCCUGUUUCAGUUCUUAUAUCACUUAUAAGUCAAAAAUCAUAACAUUGGCUUUCAAAUAUACCUUAAAAAGAAGUCACCAAGAAUCAACAUACUGAAUGGCCAAAGUAGAUAACAUUACAAUCUGUUCACUAACUCUUCUUUUCUAGACAUUUUCAAAAAGAAAUAAAUCUAAUCUUGGAAUGCCUUUGUGAAAGAUUGUGAAUGAUUAAAAUGUAACAAAAAAAGGGG